GUUUAAAUUAAGAGCAGAUUAGCGCAUGGAUUUGAAAUACCUGCGUGUUCUUAUGAACCAGGCGAUGUAUUAACGUUAGUGGCUGAUGCCUUUGAUGCUAAUAGUUAAUUACAACUGUGUUUAAUUACGCCUCUCUCGUUGAUGAUGGUCACGUGGAGGAGUUUGCUGCAGUGUGUUGUAGGCUCAUCUGUCAGCAGAAAUCCAGCUGAAGCACUCAGGAAUACUGCCAAUGUCUUUGCUGGAGGACAUCGUUGACCUGCUGAGAUGUGUCCUGGAAUACUUUGGAGUGCCGCCCGACAUGUUGGUUCCAGUGUGGGACAGUGCAUACUGUGGACAAUACCGAAGCAUAGUCCGUAUGAUUGGGACAAAUCUUCCCCUCUCUCCUCAGCCACGGCUUCGGUUUCAGAUUCCUCUGCAGACAUUUAAGAGACACGGCCAUAUUGAUGUGACGGUGGACACCCCAGCCAUUCCUACGUUAGCAGAUGUGCUUUGGCUGGUGGAGGAGGAAGGGGACAGCCACACUAAAAUAAGGAAUGUCGUCCCGUUGGGGGAAGCUUUUGAGAUUCCCUCAUUGGGGUCUGAACGUCCAUUGUCCGUGUCUGUCCCGGCUCAGAGGGGAGGCAGGGUGCUGGGACAGGGCACCCAGCCAGAGGCCCUGCAGAAGAUCUCCGCUCUGGAAGAGGAACUACAGAGACUGCGAGCACAGAUUGCUAUGAUAGUCACAGCUCCAGCAGCUGUUUCUGGCACUCCAUGCUCCACUCCUCUUCCAGUUCCUGUCCUCACCUCCACUCCUGUCUGUCCACCGCUGCCUCCUCCACCUCCACCACCACUUCCUCCUCCAGCUACGGACAGCUGUGUGAAAGUGUCCGUGUCAGAUGUGAUUCGUCAAAGACAGGCAGCAAAAAGAGAAAAGCUUGCACCGUAUGAUUCCCCUGCGUCUACAGCACCUGAUGCCCUGCCCUCUAUGUUAGAGGUGCUGAAAGACCUGAAACAAGUCAAACUGCGCUUUGUGGAGAGAUCUCCAGGUGGAACUCCAGUAAGGAGACGGAGAAGUAAAGGUUUGGCAUGUUCAUCUGAUCCGGCAGCUCUUAUUGCCGAAGCACUGAAAAGAAAGUUUGCACACAGAAGGAGAGACGAUUCGUUUGGUAAAGAGAACUGCUCAGCUGAACCCUCACCUUUCAGCAGUCCAGACACUCCAAGGAUUCUCCCUCACACCAGACGCAGCCAGGGACGUAUUCACCUUUGACCCUCAACCCUAAAGUCUUUCAGGAACAAAGAUGUGUCGGUGUCAUGGACUGACGUAACGCAUCUUUUUAAUGAUGGUUGCACAGUCUCUUUCUUUUCCCCUUUUCUCUCUGUAUUUAUCACAUUGGCCUCCAUCUGAGUACACUGUGCAUGUUUUUUAAGAUUUUUGUGCAGAUAUAAUUUUUCUUGUAUGUGCAGAUUUUUAUUUGUAAAUUAUGUACAAUGUUCUUUUUCAUUGUGAAUGACUAAUUACGAGCAUUGAUACAGGAUGGCAUUGAUUAUCUCAUUGGAUGCUACAAGUUAAUUUCUUUCAGCUUCCAAUGUAGUUUAUAAAUAAGGUCUUCUCUGCUCUAUGCAAUGCUUCUUUUUUUGUAAAGAUUUUUUUGGGGCUGGCUUAAAAUUCUGUGAACAAAAUAUCAUUCAUGCUACUUGGUUUGCUAAUAAUGUGUUCAUCCAUGUUUCUCAUGUGUUAUCAUCCUCUUCUACAAAGUGCUAAUGCAGUAUCACUUUCAAAAGCAAUAAACAAGUUAUAUGCCUUUCAAA